AUGGGUAGACGUAAGAUCGAAAUACAACCUAUCACGGACGAGAGGAAUAGAACCGUGACCUUUAUUAAGAGGAAGGCCGGUUUAUUCAAGAAAGCUCACGAAUUAGCCGUCCUUUGUCAGGUAGAUGUGGCUGUAAUCAUCCUAGGUUCUAACAAUACAUUUUACGAGUUCUCCUCCGUGGAUGCAGAUGAGCUUUUGAAAUAUUAUAAGGAUGAUAAAACUUUGACUCAUGAUAGGAAGGAUCCUUCGUCAUAUGGUGAUUAUACUAUGAAACCUUUCAUUUCAUUGAAUCCUAAAUAUCUAAACAAGAACAAGAAGGGAAAAAAUAAGGAAAUGCCUGUGAAGAAAGCACCUUCAAGUGAAGAGGAGGAGGAAGAUGAUGAAGAGGGUGACGAAUCUCAAGAUGAUUCUGUCAAUACGAUAAAAAAGAUGGAAAAAGUUAUGAAGUUUAUACCAUCUUCUCAUAAGCGAAGUAGAUCGGAACAAAUUGGAUCAACUUCUUCACCAAAAAGGAUAAAAUCUGAAUUACCAACAUUGAAUCCCUUGCAACAACAUGUCCAAAGACAAUUUCAAACUCUUUAUCAUAUGACAUCAAACGAUUCAUCACCAACCUCUGCAUCUGCCGAACUACCUAGGUUUGCCAAAUUCCAAGAUAAUAGAUCUCCUAUUGCCACUGCAACAACCGCUACUUCCAAUAGUACUGGUAACCAUGAAAUUGAAGCAGAACUUUUACCACCUUUAAAUAGUCAAAAGGGAAACAUUAAUUCGGAUACAAAUACUAGUCGAAAGGUUAAGCCAGUGAUAAGACCGGUAUUAAGAGUACAAAUACCGACAAAUAAUAACUCUUCAAGUGCCCCCAUAUACAGUGAACCAUCAUCGUCUGGAUCACCUGGUGACCAGCUAGUAAAUGACACUAUGUCGCCAUCGAAAAACACUUCAUCAACAACUUUCCAAAUAGGUAAAGAUGAUAAUUCUAAAUCAAUGGCAAGGACCCCCAAUACAGCUGCAUAUUCAUUUUCAAACUCAUUACCACCUAUAUUCUCAGCUACGUCUGCAUUCCCACAGUAUAUUGCUACGCCUUUACAACCAACUGCAAAUGGUAAUGGAAACGGUAACACCAUGAACACUAACAAUACUUCUGCCAAUGGUAAUAAUAACAAUAACAAUAAUCAAGGUUCUAAUAAUCCUUCUUCAUACUUAUUACAGAGGCAGUCCGAAAUCACACAACAACAUCAACUACAACUUCAACAGCAUAUAACACAUCCUACAAAUACAGAAAGAAUGUUUUCACCUACGCUACAAGACGGAACACCAGGUCCAAGGACCAACACGUUGCCUUCCAAAUUUGUUCACGAUUUGAUGAUGCCAUCGCCUAAUGUCUCCAUGACGAUGUUCCAGGAUUGGUCAAUGGGACCGAAUAGCGCCAAACCAGGGAAUCACAUACAAACUACUUCCAACACAGCCACUAGCUAUGAUGUGAACGGACCAACGGGGUUGACUCCCUAUAUAUCCAAUCAAACGCCGCUUGGUGGUAGGUAUUUUAAUUUCCCAAAUGAAAUCACAGAAGAUAAGAAAAAGGAAAAUGAUUCGAAUGGCAUUCGGAAACAGUCCAUUGGGACAGAAAAGGAUUUGGACAUAGUAGACGAUGGUGAUACUAAGAAAUAA